AUGCCGCCGAGCCGCAUGACCGCAAACCCGGCGCGGCCGGCGCGCCACCGUGCUGGCAAGCCCACGGGCAACGUAUCGUCCUCUGAUUCAGACAGCGACGACGCGGAAGCGCCGCCCCCUCCCCCGACCAUUCCUGCACCCCCCAAGGCCGCCAGUGCGGGCAAGAUUAUCAGCAACCUCAACCGCAUCGACCUCAAUGCGCGUCGCCAGGAGCUGGAAAAGGGGUUCGUCACCGAGGGGGAGGAGGAGGAGAGCGAGGCGGAGGAGAGUGAGUCGGGAGAGGAAUCAGACGAGGAAGAAAGCAGCGAGGAGGAGGAGCCGCGGAGGCUUAUGAUGCGACCCAAGUUUGUGCCGAAAAGCCAACGAGGGCAAACCGUAAAGGACCCGGAGCAAGAAGAGGAGGCUGUCCGGCAGGCCGAGGAAGAAGCAAGGAAAAAGGCUGCCGAUGAGCUGGUCGAGGAGCAGAUCAAGAAGGACCUCGAAGCCCGCGCGGCCGGCAAGAAACACUGGGACGACGAGGACAAUCAAGACUCCGACGUCGACACGACCGACGGGCUCGACCCGGAAGCCGAAGAGGCCGCGUGGCGCGUCCGCGAGCUCAAGCGCCUCAAGCGCGCGCGGGCGGCCAUCGAGGAACGCGAAAGGGAGCUCGCCGAGGUGGAGCGACGGCGCAACCUGACGGCCGAGGAGCGCGCGGCUGAAGACGAGGCGCACCUGGCCAAGCAGCGCGAGGACAAGGAGGGCAAGGGAAAGAUGUCGUACAUGCAAAAGUACUACCACAAGGGCGCCUUCUUCCAGGACGAGACGGAGACGGCGGGCCUGCUGCAGCGCGACAUAAUGGGCAGCCGCUUCCAGGACGACGUGCGCAACCGCGAGGCGCUGCCCGAGUACCUGCAGAAGCGCGACAUGACCAAGCUCGGCCGCAAGGGCGCCACCAAGUACAAGGACAUGCGCACCGAGGACACCGGGCGCUGGGGCCAGUUUGACGAUUCGGGACCGAGGGGCCACAGGGAUAGGUUCGAUGGCGACGACCGGUUCCGGCCCGACGACGCCAGGUUCAGGCAGGAUGACGGAGGGCCCAAGGGUGCCAAUGCGGUCCCGUUGAGGGAGAGGAGGGGCAAGCAUGCCGGCGAUGACGACGACGGCCAUCAGCGGAGAUCACGGUCCCGAUCGCCAAGGGAUCGCGACGACGACAAGAGACGCAAGGUGGACGUGGAUGUCCGCAGAUGA